UUUGUUAAAUGAUCAUUGGGUAGUGGUAUUUAAUGAUAUUUUAUUAACUGACGUAGUGAAUUUUUUAGUACAAGAUGACUGAAAUUUCCUCAUUUCUGAUCUAAAGAGGUGAAACCGAAAUUAACCGGGUUCAAUUUGGUUCGGUGAAGUACAAAUAAAAUUCAGUUGGUACGGUUUAGUUCACGUGUUUACUUCGGACAGAACAAGCUCGUGCGCGUGUCAACAACCAAAUAAGUUUUGUCAUUGGUCGCUGUAGGAUUCAACUAAAAACGAAACGACACCGUUCCAUUUGGCCGCGUUUUCCAACUAACUUUCAACUUCAACUAACGUUCAACGAGAGACUAAUCCGUCUCCUCUAUCUCUCUUUUCUUUUUCAUCGGCUUCUUCAUCACUAUAGUCACUAAACGGACCUUGGUUUCAUCCAACGUUCCCUAUAGUGACACGUGUAUUCAUUACAGUGUCGGCCAAACUCCAAAGCUCAACGAACUCAUACGAAGGGAUACAUCAUCAUCGCUCAAUAAUCACUAACCGGAUCCGGAUAAGUUCGGAUCCAUCAGACUUUCUUCGUUCCUAACUCCUAAAAAGGGGUUUGAGUUUCCUCAAUCCUUUUCACAACUUCAGUUUUUGCAUUCACCGUCAAGUAAUGGAGGUGAAGGAUGGUGAAAGAGUGGUAAUAGCAAAACCGGUGGCCUCAAGGCCUUCUUCAAGCCCUAGCUUCAGGACAUUCACUGAGCUUCUCACUGAUUCAGUUACUGUAUCUCCCCAAUCAAAUUGUCACGCGAUUGUAGACGCUGCUAUAAGACCAAAGACUUUGAGGUUCAACCAGCCAGUUGCAGCUUCGGUCUCAUGUCCACGGGCUGAAGGAAAUGGUAUUGGAAAUGAAAAGUCUUGUGAUGAUUCAAAUAGCAGAAACUAUGUCGUUUAUAAACCGAAAGCAAAGCUUGUCUCCAAAGCAACUGUCUCUGCAUUGGCUAAUAUGCUUCAGGGGAAUCGGCAACAGACUUGGAGACAAACCGAAGCAUUAUCCUAUGGGAAGAGUGUGAGCCAAGGUACACAUCGAGCGGAUCCUAAUCUAGUCCAGAAAGUUCCAUCCUUUACGGAAUCAGAGACAUCGAUUGGUGACAGAUCUUCAGUGGACGGAUACAACUGGAGGAAAUACGGACAGAAGCAAGUUAAAGGAAGUGAGUGUCCAAGGAGUUACUACAAAUGCACACACCCAAAAUGUCCAGUGAAGAAGAAAGUAGAGAGAUCAGUGGAAGGUCAAGUUUCAGAGAUUGUAUAUCAAGGUGAACAUAAUCAUUCAAAGCCUUCUUGUCCACUUCCACGGCGCGCUUCGUCAUCAAUCUCUUCAGGGUUUCAGAAACCACCAAAAGGGAUUGCUUCUGAAGGAUCAAUGGGACAAGACUCUAACAAUAAUCUCUAUUGUCCUGUUUGGAACAAUCAAGGCAAUGACUCUACUAAAAACAGAACAGAAAAGAUGAAUGAGGGAUGUGUUAUUACACCAUUCGAGUUUGCUGUUCCAAGAUCGACAAAUUCAAAUCCCGGAACUUCGGAUUCCGGCAAGAGUAGCCAAUGUGAUGAAGGAGAGCUUGAUGAUCAAAGCAGAAGCAAAAGAAGGAAGAACGAGAAGCAAUCUAGUGAAGCAGGAGUAUCGCAAGGCUCGGUGGAAUCAGACAGUCUUGAAGAUGGAUUCAGGUGGAGAAAGUAUGGACAAAAAGUGGUCGGAGGCAAUGCGUAUCCAAGAAGUUAUUACAGAUGCACAAGUGCUAAUUGCAGAGCAAGGAAACAUGUUGAGAGAGCGAGUGAUGAUCCAAGAGCUUUCAUUACAACCUACGAGGGUAAACAUAAUCAUCAUUUGCUCUUGAGCCCUCCAACUUCCUCUACUCUUCCCUUUAACUCACCACAGCUUUCUAAGUAAACCAUUUGAUUUGAUGAUCCAUUCAUGCUUUUUCUUUUUUCUUUUUCUUUUUUGUUAAGAAUGAGAAAAAAGAAGAAGCAAAUGGUAAAUACAAUCACCAUUUUCUCUUCACUCUUCCAACUUCCACUACUCUUUCAUUUAGCUCCCCACAACUUUCUAAGCAGACCAUUUAGCUUUUUCCUUCAAUUUUUAUACCACAUUAAUUAAUUAAUCGUGUGAAUUUUAUUUUAUUUACAUUCAGAUUGUAAGGACAAGAAGAUUGAUGUUAUUUUAAUAAAACCAAACAAAAAAGUGUGUUAUAUUUU